CCGCUUCUAUCAUUCAUACUUAAACUAAGUGACAGUUAUUUCUACCGAGCCCCCUCUCAGUCACCUCUCAUAAUGGCGCCCGUCACACAAAUUAUGUACUUUAAGACCUCCUCGUCCUACCUCCAGGAUCCCGCUCGGUUGAUUUCUGAGCUUGCGACCACAAGUUCAGUAGACAAAAUUGAAGGGUUUUCUAAGGCAUACCUUGGUUUCGAGACGGAGGAUCCAAGCAAUGCAUUUUGGGUCUUUGAGUGGACUUCCAAGUCUGCGCAUGACACAUAUCAUCAGACAGACACUUUCAAGGCUACACAAUCAGCUUCUCGGCAAGUCUUUGCGAGCAGACCUACCCACACAUUUGCUGGGUUCUCCAACACUAGUCAGAUCUUUUCUGCUCCAGUGACGGAAUUUGUCACUUUCACUCUCAAAGAGGGUGUCAGUAUGAACGCGCUUGAGCCCCUUGUCCAACAGCUUCAGGCCAAGCUUCAAGGAACACCCAAGUUCUACGGCUCGAGCUGGGCACCUGUCGUUGAUAAGCCCAACGUAGUUCACGGCGUGUUAGGAUGGGAAAGCGUGCAGGCACACUGGGAUGCUGUAAGCUCAGGUCCCCUCAAAGAGAUCAUCGAUAAAGUGAAGAAGGUUGCAGACCUUUGGCUUGUCCACGCCGUGCUGACGCGAUACAAUGUGUGAACUUGAUUAUCGAAUGCUUUGUACGAACCACACUUUGUUGUUGUUUUGUAGGAACAUAUUUUGAAGUCAUGAAACAUGCAGUCCUGGAUAUUUCCGAGGAACAUCGACAAGUUUUUCUCUGUUUUCUACACGCAGUAUUUACAAGUUAGCUAUAUGCAAGUCUCCCGCUGUGGGUGCACUUACCACUAUCGUAUGCAGUAGCGGUCAGUGGUGAACUGACGCUGAUGCUGGCUCACGAAGUCCAUAAGUACAGCUUCGUCGUGUUGUCUCCUGACAAACUUAUGCUACUAUGCCUUUCAUGUAUGGAGGCAACC